CAGCGCCUGCCGGCCGCGUGUGGUGCCGCUGACGUCCGACAGGCCGCUGCGCUGUCACAGUCGUUAGUGCGGGUCUACUGGUGGCAACCCGAUGAAAGCGCAUCGUUCUGCUUCGGCGAGUGACGCCACAUCGCUCCGUUCACGGCGAACAAGCUGCUGCUGCUCCAUUACUAGGCGAUGAACCACAUCGCGCGUGUUAAGGUGCUGACGCUGGGCAGCUCGCAGGUGGGCAAGAGCUGCCUGGUGAAGCGGUACUGCGAGCGCCGCUUCGUGCCCAAGUACCUGCCCACCAUCGGCAUCGACUAUGGCGUGACGCGUCUCACCGUCGACAACGUCGAGGCGCGCGUGCACAUCUUCGACACGUCCGGGCGGCCGCUGUUCGCCGAGGUGCGCUGCGAGUUCUACAGCGGCAUGGCGGCCGUGCUGCUCGUCUAUGACGUCACCGAGCGCGCCAGCUUCGACGCGCUGGCCGGCUGGCUGGCGGAGCUGGGCUGGGCCGCGGCCGAGCCCGGCCAGCGCCCCGUGCUGGUCGUAGCCGCCAACAAGACGGACCUCACGCCGCGAGAGAUCGGGUCCGAGGAGGGAGAGCGCUGGGCGGCCGGGCACGGCGCCCAGCACUUCCAGGUGUCCGCCAGCUCGGGGCAUGGCGUGCAGCAGCUCUUCACUGAGUUCUUCCAGAUGGCGGUGCGGUCGGCGGCUGCCGGGCGCCACCGAGAUGGCGCGCCGCCGCCGCCCGCAGCGCCCUCUAGCCUGAACGCCUGGAUCCGGCGCAUCCGUACAGCGCCCAACGACUGGGACAAGCUCGGCUUGCGGCCCGGCUACAGCAAGGAUGACGUCAACCGCGCCUAUAAGGCACUGGCCGUCAUGCUGCAUCCGGACAAGAACAGCAGCCCCGAGGCGGCCGAGGCCUUCAAGACCAUCACCGGUGUGCGUAACAACCUCCUGAAGACGUUCUCCGCGACCUGACCUUUACCUGAGCCCGGACAUUGCUGCCGUCGGUCGUCGACAGCGGGACCUGCUGAGCAGGCUCGAUCACGCAGUGCAUAGGAGCUGCAUGGCUAUGUGGGAGAGUCCAGUCCCAUCUGGCCGCGCCUGUGACAGCUUAUGGAGGCUCCACAAGCUGAGCUUUCCGCCGCAUCGAUGCCGUUUCACGAAGGGUGUAAAUCAAGGUCGGUUUCGGGUUAUAGCCUCUGGUGCUUCUUUCGAUGCCAUCAAAACUUGUCACUUGGGCUGUUGCUUGUCAAUUUCAUUUCGGAUAUCUUCCUUGGGCCCAAAUGUUUUCUUCACGCCGCGUGAUUUGAAUGCCCAUAAUUGCAAGAUCCUUUUGAUGUUUGGUUGGCUGAUUUUUUCUUCAAAGGCCAGAUAUCAUGUGAAGUAGAGUUUAAGGUAUUGUGGCUAAAAGUGGAACAGUGACUAUUUGGUGAUGGUCAGCGUUACAGUGUUGUGAUACAUGUACCGUUGUAGUAACAGGGACACGUGAAUGUUGUAAAUGUUAAUACAAUUCUUAUCUUGA